AUGUCCUGCAGAGAUUCUACUGAGAACUGUAAUAGAUUUGGCCCUGGUUUGGGUCUGACCAGGUCCAGUCCCACUGCGUUCACAGCCAUUUACCAUCAGAGGAUUGUUAAAGCUGUGUCGGUGUGUGUGGCGUCAGUUGGUGUGUGCGACGUUAGUUGGUGUGUGUGUGACGUCAGUUGGUGUGUGCGGCGUCAGUUGGUGUGUGCGACGUCAGUUGGUGUGUGCGACGUCAGUACGUGUGUGUGCGACGUCAGUACGUGUGUGUGCGACGUCAGUUGUUGGUGUGUGCGACCUCAGUUGGUGUGUGCGACGUCAGUUGGUUUGUGUGACGUCAGUUGGUGUGUGACGUCAGUUGGUGUGUGUGACUUGGUGUGUGCGACCUCAGUUGGUGUGUGCGAUCUCAGUUGGUGUGUGCGACGUCAGUUGGUGUGUGUGGUGACGUCAGUUGGUGUGUGUGACGUCAGUUGUUGGUGUGUGCGACCUCAGUUGGUGUGUGCGAUCUCAGUUGGUGUGUGCGACGUCAGUUGGUGUGUGCGACGUCAGUUGGUGUGUGUGACGUCAGUUGGUGUGUGCGAUGUCAGUUGGUGUGUGUGCGACGUUAGUUGGUGUGUGUGCAACCUCAGUUGGUGUGUGCGACCUCAGAUGGUGUGUGCGACCUCAGUUGUUGGUGUGUGUGACGUCAGUUGGUGUGUGACGUCAGUUGGUGUGUGUGACAUCAGUUGGUGUGUGUGCGACUUGGUGUGUGUGACGUCAGUUGGUGUGUGCGAUCUCAGUUGGUGUGUGCGACGUCAGUUGGUGUGUGUGGUGAUGUCAGUUGGUGUGUGUGACUUGGUGUGUGUGACGUCAGUUGGUGUGUGCGAUCUCAGUUGGUGUGUGCGACGUCAGUUGGUGUGUGUGGUGAUGUCAGUUGGUGUGGGUGAUGUCAGUUGUUGGUGUGUGCGACCUCAGUUGGUGUGUGCGACCUCAGUUGGUGUGUGCAAUCUCAGUUGGUGUGUGCGACGUCAGUUGGUGUGUGUGGUGAUGUCAGUUGGUGUGUGUGACUUGGUGUGUGCGACCUCAGUUGGUGUGUGCGAUCUCAGUUGGUGUGUGCGACGUCAGUUGGUGUGUGUGGUGAUGUCAGUUGGUGUGUGUGACUUGGUGUGUGCGACCUCAGUUGGUGUGUGCGAUCUCAGUUGGUGUGUGCGACGUCAGUUGGUGUGUGUGGUGAUGUCAGUUGGUGUGUGUGACGUCAGUUGGUGUGUGCGAUCUCAGUUGGUGUGUGCGACGUCAGUUGGUGUGUGUGGUGAUGGUCAGUUGUUGGUGUGUGCGACCUCAGUUGGUGUGUGCGAUCUCAGUUGGUGUGUGCGACGUCAGUUGGUGUGUGUGGUGAUGUCAGUUGGUGUGUGUGACUUGGUGUGUGUGGUGAUGUCAGUUGGUGUGUGCGACGUCAGCUGGUGUGUGCGACGUCAGUUGGUGUGUGUGGUGAUGUCAGUUGUUGGUGUGUGCGACCUCAGUUGGUGUGUGCGAUAUCAGUUGGUGUGUGCGACGUCAGUUGGUGUGUGCGACGUCAGUUGUUGGUGUGUGCAACCUCAGUUGGUGUGUGCGACCUCAGUUGGUGUGUGCGACCUCAGUUGGUGUGUGCGACCUCAGUUGGUGUGUGCGACGUCAGUUGGUGUGUGUGACGUCAGUUGGUGUGUGCGACGUCAGUUGGUGUGUGUGACGUCAGCAACUGACUUGGUGUGUGCGACCUCAGUUGGUGUGUGCGAUCUCAGUUGGUGUGUGCGACGUCAGUUGGUGUGUGUGGUGAUGUCAGUUGGUGUGUGUGACUUGGUGUGUGUGGUGAUGUCAGUUGGUGUGUGCGGCGUCAGCUGGUGUGUGCGACGUCAGUUGGUGUGUGUGGUGAUGUCAGUUGUUGGUGUGUGCGACCUCAGUUGGUGUGUGCGAUAUCAGUUGGUGUGUGCGACGUCAGUUGGUGUGUGCGACGUCAGUUGUUGGUGUGUGCAACCUCAGUUGGUGUGUGCGACCUCAGUUGGUGUGUGCGACCUCAGUUGGUGUGUGCGACCUCAGUUGGUGUGUGCGACGUCAGUUGGUGUGUGUGACGUCAGUUGGUGUGUGCGACGUCAGUUGGUGUGUGUGACGUCAGCAACUGACAUGGUGUGUGUGACGUCAGUUGGUGUGUGUGCGACGUCAGUUGGUGUGUACGACCUCAGUUAG